GAACGCAGCGAAGGCUCUUACGUGCAACUGAAGUAUUUGUACAGUCCCCGCCCUGUUUACGAUCCGAGACGACCUUGGACAAACCGUAGACAUACAGCCUAAGAUGUCAGCUUCGAAGGACUCUGCGGUCUCCAAGGAGAAAGUUCUUGGAGUGACCCGACCGGGAAUCAAGAAUGAUGAGGUUCUAGACUUCUACAAGAAAUGGUCCAAGGAGUAUGACAAGGAUUUAGACGAAGAGGAAUACGGCGGGCCGCGAAAGGUGGCCCAGACUCUGGCGGCGUCGCUGGGAGACAGGAGGGACGUGCGGGUUCUGGAUGUGGCGGCGGGGACCGGGCUUUGUGGUCUGGAGCUGUCUAAGCUCGGUUUCACCAACGUGGACGCCUUAGACGCCAGCCAGGAGAUGUUAGACGUCGCCAAGACCAAGAAUGUCUACAAGAACUUCAUCAAGGAAUUCCUGGGGCCGAACCGUCUCAAUAUCGAUGACGAUACAUAUGACGGCAUGACCGCCUGUGGCCUGUUCUGCGAUGGUCACGUGGGGCCAGACUGUUUGGAACAGCUGAUUAGGAUUGUUAAACCCGGUGGCUUCAUCUGUAUCGGCCUAAGAGAAGUUCUCCUGCACACUUCGGAUGCCUGCAAAGACCUAGAACCCCGCAUGGCGGCGCUUCAGAGCGAGGGCCAAUGGCAGCAGGUGCAUCGGGAGGUGUUUCCCGGUUACUGCGUCGGAUUCGACGGAGUCGUGUACGUUUAUAAAGUGUUAUAGACCAUCUCACUUACACAAAGAGAUAAUGUUAGUUCACCUUUAUCCGUAGGGUAACCUAUAUCCGUUGUGUAUAAAAAUAGGGUAUUUGGAGAUCGUUAAGUCGGCGGAAGGUAGUUUCACAUUGCAAUAUCUUGAAAAUGUUGACAUUUUAAACCCACGUCGUUGACCUGAAAUCUCUUAAUACCCAGCUUUUUAAAACAACGAAUUUGCUAGUAGGUUACCUCACGGAUUAAGGUGAACUAGCGUUAUAAUGCCCAAGAAAGCUUGUCGUCUCUGUGUGUCUGUUACAUCGGGAAGUAUUUCUCAGUUACUGCGUCGUCGGAUUCGAUGGAGUCAUGUACGUUUAUAAAGUGUCAUAAACUGUCUCACUUACACAGAAGGAAAUAUUGCCCAAAAAAGACGUGUUGUCUCUGUCUGUCUGUCUGUUCUUUUAGCACCAGUUUUGACAAAUUAAUAAAAAAAGUGGCAACAUUUAAGACAAUACGUAUUUCAGUA